AUGAUUUCGAGCCAUUCGAGCGCAGCCAUGGCAGGACCCCGGCAGAUCGUUUUGUGCUUUGAUGGCACAGAGAAUACAUUCACCACAAAUGGACCCGAGACCAAUGUCUUGAAGAUAUGUCGCAUGCUUGAACGAACUGAUGAGCAAUCUGGUACUGGAACCGAAAUCACCCCAGGAUCUCUCGCCAGUGCAACAUUGCGAAAGCACGGCAACCUCAACAAUAGCAAGGCACUCAAUCUAGCUCUUGGCAAAUCAUUCGAUCGCCAUGUCAUCGGUGGAUAUCGCUUCCUGAUGCGGCACUAUCGUGAGGGAACCCGAAUUUACAUUUUCGGGUUCUCACGAGGCGCCUACGCAGCACGUUUCUUGAAUGAGAUGAUCGACUUCGUUGGCCUCCUGGGUCCUGAUAAUGAAGAGGUGCUCCCAAUCAUUUGGGAUGCCUUUGCGUCGUGGAAGCUUGGCCGGACGAACAACAAGCAGCAAGCCAAGAGAAGGGCGUAUACUCUUAUGAAGUGUAGUCGGGAGACCCUUGCUCGUCCAGCUCCUCGGGUGCACUUCUUGGGAAUGUUCGAUGCGAUCAACAAUGUUGCCGACUUUGACCUGAACAUGGAUGAAGCGCCUUCGACAAAGACCAUUCGACACGCGGUGAGCAUCGAUGAGCGCCGAAUCAAGUACCGACCAGUUCUGCUCGGCAUUCGAGAGGAACAACCACCACCGCCUCCCAAGUCCAUUCGACAAAGUUCCGAGCGCACCUCUCAGGACAGUGAAGCUGAUUCCACAGCUGGACCCCCUGUUCUGCCCGAGAUUCCCCAUGUGAGUGGCCACAACCGCAGCCACGAUGUCCGAAUGGUCGAAGACCAGCGAGACAUUGAGGAAUUGUGGUUCCCUGGCGGACAUAUGGAUAUUGGUGGUGGCUGGGGUCUCGAAGCCGGUGAAGCAUGGCCCUUGAGUCAUGCUCCACUGGUCUGGAUGGUUGGAGAAGCUCGCAAUGCCGGGCUUCGACUCGACCCGUGGAAAAUGAAGCACCUGGCGUGCAUUCCAGAAUGUAGUGAAGAUGAUACCUCGAUUGAGCAGGCCGAAAAAGGCCAGGAGAGGUCGAGCUACAUGUCCAGCUCUCAAAAGGACUUUAUGAACGCGCUUCAGAUCGGCGGCAUGAAAGGGCGGAUCCAUGACCUGCUCGCUUGUGGUCAAGGGGUUUCAAUCAGCUCUGUUCUCUCUUGGCGAUUCAUGGAGUGGCUGCCGCUGCGGAGAAUGCAGUUGCAGUCCGACGGGAAGUGGAAGGCUGUGCGCUGGCCGCCGCCUCUUGGUCAAUCCCGAGAUAUUCCAACCGACGCACAAGUCCACAUCUCUGCCAUUCAGCGAAUGCGGUGCGAUGCGUCGUACAGACCCUCUAAUUUGACACAUGGAUUGCCGGAGGGAGACUCCGGGAUCGGAAAAUGGGGAGUCUACUCGCAUGAAGGGGACCCAGUGCGAGAGAGAUAUGUGCGAGAGGAUUUGCGACUGCUCUAA